AUGACGAUAACGAUGGCAUCCUGGGACAGCCUCCCCGCAGAGCUGCGCCUCACAAUUCUGGAGUACGUCGCCGGCGCAAACCCAAACUUCACAGACGCUGGACCUAGAGAAAGCUCAGCGCGGCACACGUACUACUGCGCUCCCUAUGCGACCGUCUCGCGCGACUGGCAGGUGUUUUUUGAGCGCCGCACCUUUGCGGCCAUUGCGCUGUUCAACGACGACGUCCAGCCGUUUUGUGAUGCCGUCGGACGCUGUGUCGACCGACUGGAGUAUAUAGGCCGGCUUCGGCUUACGAUUGACCUGCCUGAGUACAGCUGCGGCGAGUGCGAGACCGAUGAAGACGCGGCAACCGUGAAGCGCCAUGUCGAUUUUACACGUUACCUAUGGCUUCUGUUACGCUCGCUUGCAGCGUGGAAGAUUCCAGGGCAGGAGGAACGGCAGCUGCUAAAGCGCAGUGACAAAAUGUUUGCCCUUGGAUCGUUUAACAGCGCCGUGGGAAUUCAGCUCGAGCUAGGUGUCCGUUCUAUUAGCGAUUCGCAGCACGCCUUCCGCGACUAUCGCAUCUACAAUCCAUACGGAAACGUCCACCGCACUAGAGAAGACUUUCAUCGGUAUUACCGCGACGUUAGUGCCCAACAAGACUCCGCUACGCACGGGUGGUUGCGCGGCGUCCGAAAGCUGUUGCCGCCACCUGUGGCUAUCCGUCGUGUACUUGGUGCGCGUCUGCUAGAGCUCGACGCAGACGGCCUAGGCGGCGAGACAAGGACAGAGACGGAGCGCAGCAAGCGGUAUCUAGUGCGCCACGAACUGCCAGCUGCUGCUAUUGUAACCAAGCUCGUGUUUAGCCGCCAGUUUUACCGCGCCGUGCACCCGGCUACGCUGUCAUACCUGCUCCGCAUCUGCUUUCCGCAAAUCAUGUAUUUGCAUCUAGAGCCGUGGAGGCCGGUAGAUGCCGCAAACCUUGGCGCUAUGGAACGCGGUUAUUGUACGGUGCUGGCCAACCUACCACCAUCUUUGAUUGGUCUCUCUAUUUUCUUAGAGACCAACUACAUCAUCCACCACCGCGACAAAUAUGCCGUGCAUCCUGGCGCCACACUGACCGAUCGCCGGCCGAGCCCACAAGUCGGACGCCAGCUAGCAGAGGGCAGCGGCAGUCUUGUCGUGAUCAGCGUGGCAUUCCUUGCCGAGGCCGACGACUUUUUCGCAGCAGUAGCGCGCAUGCCCGCAAAGACCUGGCCGCGGCUCAAAACGAUCGUCCUUACAUCGUCUACGCUCACACCUGCAUCCUCACCUGCCGACGUUGAGCAGCUACUGCUUGCAGCCGCAGCUGCGGCGGUCCGGAUGCCGCGACUUCGGCAGGUCGAGCUCUGGUUUGCCCGCGGCCCGCAUGCAUGCGCCUUUACGGUCACGGGAGCACGCUUAAGACUCCGAGCUACAUGGAAUGUAACUCGGGCGCUCACGGCCGACGUGGUGCGCGCGUGGCGGGCCGUAUGCCAAAAUAAGACACAUCGACAUCUCCAUGUAACAACCGAGCUCUGGGCCUGCCCCAAUAGCCAGACUAACAUGGAUGCGCGCAUGUUGGUGCUUAAUGGCGACGCACUUGUGAGGCUGAUGAUUCAAAAGGAGUCUCUCCUUGACAUGUGCAUGCCUGGUACCCCGGCCAACAAUGCUGUAGAGGAUGCGGAGGCUGGUUACAUCCAGUGGGCCAUAAUGGCGACGGAAGAAGCAGAAAGUUGGGCGAGGGUGGCGGCAGCAGCGAGCCUCGACGCCAGGAACGCUGCUAUCUGGGCAGCGACUGUGGCGCCGUUCUCGAUGGCGACGACCGACGCAGAAGAGAAGGCGGAUGAGGCGGAGGCUUCCUUGGAAAGGGUAGACGAGUUCGUGGCUGUGGCAGGAGAAGCCGUGCAGGUAGCAAUGGCGAGGGCGUGGGACAAUUGGGCGGAGUCCCAGGACGACUUUUGA